GGGGUUCUCGGGAAAGUGUCGACAAACCCUGGUAAUUCAUGCAAAGAUAUCAUGGAGAGGGGAGCUACUACAGGUGACGGGGAGUACUGGAUCGACCCUCAGAAAAAUGGAGACCCUUUAAAAGUCUACUGUGACAUGACAACUGAUGGAGGUAAACAAAUUAUAAAUGCGGUCUAUGUCCUGACUCCAUGCAUUUUGCUGUAUUCGCAAAACGUAAAGGCUUUGAAAAGCCUACACUACAUAAAUACAAUGCCAAACCCAGAAAGCUCAAGAACGUUUGAUGGUAUGUGAGAAAAGUAACAAAGGUAACCUAUUUCCUAGAUAAGAAAGAAAGAAAGAAUGAAUGAAUGAAUAAAGGCGUGGCGCUGAAGGGUUGGCCUAUUCAGGCCGCCUUCUGAGAGGACAGCUUAAGACACAUAAUGUAGAUAAAUACAAUGAAUUUUAAAUGAAAAAAAUGUCUUGUAACGCGAUACCGACUCGCUCGCGUCAACAGUUACAUUCCACCCUCGUAACGUGAGCUUGAGACGCCUGUGGUGCAGUGGGCUUUCUUGGACAUUAAGCAGUUACUUCUCCCGCAACUAUUAUCAGUUUUUGGGCAAUAAAAUUUGCCCAAACAUAAUUUCUAACCUCAUGAGCAACACGUCGUUUUUACUUUUUUUCUUGCUGUAGGAGGCUGGCUUCUUGUGGUUAACAUCGUAGCUGAUGGAGUGCUUGGCGACAAUGAUUCCUGGACCGCUGAAACAUCAUACCGCGGGAUCAGUAAUUACAGCAAUCAAAGAAUGGCCAUAACUGGAGAUGCUAUGAAGGAACUACGAGCAUACUUGAAAUUCACCCAACUGAGAUUCCACUGCAGCAAAAAACAAGGAAGUACUUUCCACGUCAUCACCGCCCCCAACAGCACCCGUGGAGAAGCUGUCGUCCGCUUUUUCAGUGCUGAAACAGAUGUCCACCCAUUUUCUUGCAAUUCGUUUAAAAGGAUGAGCGAUGAUAAUUCUCAACUGGCCGUGAAAUGUGAAAAGUGGGGAAAAAUUGACGGAAGCCCCUUCGUCGGAAAGUGGAGUGGGUUUUUGGCACCGACUACGAAAAGAACGCACCGCUACGUGGCUUUCGAUUACCGAAGCCGAUAUGUCGGGGCUAAAGUGAAUGGACUUAUACACUGCGAUGACUAUGCAGAUGGUACAUUCUAUGAAAUGUCCGCAGGCGAUUUCUUCAAAAUCUAUGUUCGCUGA